AUGACGUUUCAAACCAACGUGGAUUGUAUCCAUGAGGUAUUAAAAUGUCUUCGACAUGACACUGAGACUUUACAUUCUUGUCUAUUAGUUAAUAGACUUUGGUGUGAAUUAUCUGUUCCUAUUCUAUGGAAAGAUCCUUGGGCACGAUUCUUUAACUUGCCUUUUUCCAAGCCAUCUUUCACGCAACCGAUAGCACUAAUCAAUACAUAUAUUUCCUCAUUAACUCGAGAAUCGAUACUCAAAUUGGAAAAAAAUGGAUUUAACUUGUCAUCUAUUUCAUCCUCGACAACUUUUAACUAUCCCAUGUAUUUACGUUGUUUAGAUUUAGAAUUCUUGUAUUGGUUAGUAAUGAAAUGGGUUCAAAACAAGAGUAAACCUGGAUUCCGUCCUCUUAAAAGGGUUGUAAAACGCUUCAAAAAUUUUAGAAAAAAGUUAUAUCACAAUUCAAUUACUCUAGAUUCAACGUCGAUGCCACCACAAGAUAAGAUUCGUCUGGUUUGCUCUGAACUUUUGACCCUCUUUCUUAAAGAAUCUCCAAAAAUUUAUAUACUUCGAAUUAAUGACUAUUCAAAAGUGGACAUUUUUGGCCCGUUUGGUGAUGUCCUAGCAAGCUUGAACCCAAAGCACAAUUGUUUAUCUUCAUUAAAAGGACUGGAAUGUAGAGAUAAACCUGUAAUGGACAAUAUUUUCGAACACCUUUCACUACUUACAACGGACAUUACGCAAAUCUUAAUCAUGGGCAAUUAUAACACAAAAACAUUGGCGAAUUUAAUAAAAACACAGAAAAAAUUAGAAAAAGUUUGUUGCGAGAACUUUUAUAGCAUGUCGUUAGAAAACUAUUGGGAAUCUGGAGUUGGAUAUGAACUUUCGAAAAAAGCACAUUUUAUAACUAGUUUACACUUGUUAAAUUCUUGUUCACUGUUGAUAAAAUUACCUAGUUUUGUCAGUUUACAAGAAUUGACAAUUCAAUGUAUCCGAGAACAAUCAUGUGAAUAUGGAGAUUGUUUAACAUCAAAAAAUAUACCUGUACUCCGAGAUCUAGCGAAGCUUAAAUUUAGAUGCAUGCAUGAUUAUUCUUUAGAAUAUUUAACAAAUUUAGUCGAAAAUUCGGGUGGAAAGUUAAGAAAAAUUACAAUCGAAGGUUCUCGAAUCAAGGAUACAGGAAGGUGCAAUUUUCUAAUAUACACAAUCGCCAAUAAAUGUCCAAAUCUUAAAUCUUGUUCGAUCCCAAUUUUACGUACGGACCCUCGAUUAGAUCGUUUACUGGAAUCUUGUGAACAAUUAAAAGAUUUAAAACUUUUUGCCGUUCCCUUUACCUUAAAUAAUGGUAAUAAUGAUAUUUUAUUAAAUCAAUUAAUUAAAUCUACACCUACUAGACUACGUAGGCUGGAUUUUGUUGAUUGGAUAUUUUCAAAACGGUCUUGGGAAUUAUUUCUAAAAUCACAAUCAAAGACUUUAUUACAACGUAUAUGCUAUUACUGGAAUGAAAAUUCUAAGAUUGCAAGCCCUUCUGAAGAUUUUCUUAAAUUUUGUCAUCAAAAUAAGAAGGACGGAAUAAUAACAACCUAUAAAGGUAUUGAUUCGUAUUGGAAAUG